CCCCGGGGAGCCGGGGGUCGGGCCCCAGAUUCCGGCCUGAACAUCUGGACCGCGCGCCCUCCUCUUCCUGGGCUGCAGACGCGGUCUAGUUGAGCUUGCAGGUGCUGACCCUCGCAGGUGUCCGUUCAGGAUUCCAUGAGCACAAGAGACUUGUGGACUGACGCAGCCCCUGCCAGUGAUGGGAAGCAGUGCUAAGCGGCACCCCUUCGCUUUCUGAGUAUGAUUCGAAUUGCAGCUUUGAAUGCCAGCUCCACGGUUGAAGAUGAUCAUGAAGGAAGUUUCAAAAGUCAUAAGACCCAGACGAAGGAGGCCCAGGAAGCAGAGGCUUUUGCCUUGUAUCACAAGGCCCUGGACCUCCAGAAACAUGACCGAUUUGAGGAAUCCGCCAAGGCCUACCAUGAGCUCCUGGAGGCACGUUUGCUGAGAGAGGCAGUUUCAUCUGGUGAUGAGAAAGAGGGACUGAAACACCCUGGCCUGAUUUUGAAAUACUCCACAUAUAAGAACCUGGCCCAGCUGGCAGCACAGCGAGAGGACCUGGAGACAGCUAUGGAAUUCUACUUGGAGGCAGUCAUGCUGGACUCCACUGAUGUCAACCUCUGGUAUAAGAUUGGACAUGUGGCCCUGAGGCUCAUCCGGGUCCCCCUGGCUCGCCAUGCAUUUGAGGAAGGACUGCGGUGCAACCCUGAUCAUUGGCCCUGCUUGGACAACCUCAUCACCGUCUUGUACACCCUAAGCGAUUAUACAACUUGCUUGUACUUCAUUUGCAAAGCCCUGGAGAAAGACUGCCGUUACAGCAAAGGGCUGGUUCUCAAGGAGAAGAUCUUUGAGGAGCAGCCCUGUCUCCGGAAGGACUCCCUUAGGAUGUUUCUCAAAUGUGACAUGUCUAUCCAUGAUGUGUCAGUGAGUGCGACUGAGACACAGGCCAUUGUAGAUGAGGCCCUAGGGCUACGGAAGAAGAGGCAGGCGCUGACCGUGAGGGAGAAAGAGCCAGACCUGAAGCUGGUGCAGCCCAUUCCCUUUUUCACCUGGAAGUGCCUUGGAGAGAGCUUGCUGGCCAUGUACAACCACCUGACUACCUGUGAGCCCCCACGACCCAGCCUUGGCAAGAAGAUUGACCUGUCUGACUACCAGGACCCCAACCAGCCUCUGGUGUCCUCGAUAGUGGUGACACCUAUCAGUGUGGCCCAGCCAGCUCCUGUCAAUGCCAACCCAGCCGUGACUGUAGUGGAGCCUGUGCUUCCCUACCCCUCUGUGACGGCAGCCAGUUUCCCACUGCACAGCCCCAGCCUGCUGGACACGGGAGUCCCCACAGGUGAUGUUUCUGGGGGAGAUAAAGCCAAGAAAGGUGUAAAACGAAAGAAAAUUUCUGAAGAGAAUGGAGAGACAGCAAAGCGGCGGUCAGCUCGUGUUCGAAACACCAAGUGUAAAAAAGAGGAGAAAGUAGACUUCCAGGAAUUGUUGAUGAAGUUCUUGCCAUCCAGGUUAAGAAAACUGGAUCCUGAGGAGGAAGAUGACUCCUAUAAUAACUAUGAAGUCCAGUCAGAAGCCAAACUGGACAGCUUCCCAAACCUUGGGUCUCACAGACUAUCAUUUGACUCAGCCACAUUCAUGGAAUCUGAGAAGCAGGAUGUACACUUGUUCCUGCUGGAGAACCUGACCAACGGGGGCAUCCUAGAGUUGAUGAUGCGCUACCUGAAGAGCAUGGGCCACAAGUUCUUACUACGGUGGCCGCCGGGCCUGGCAGAAGUCGUGCUCAGCAUCUACCACAGCUGGAGGAGGCACAGCACCAGCCUACCCAACCCACUGCUGAGGGACUGCAGCAACAAACACAUCAAGGACAUGAUGCUGAUGUCUCUCUCCUGCAUGGAGCUCCAGCUGGACCAAUGGCUGCUAACCAAGGGCAGAAGUUCAGCAGUGUCUCCUCGGAACUGCCCUGCUAUUGCAGUGAAUGGCAGGUUUGGCCCUGAUUUCCCAGGAACCCACUUCCUGGGUGACCUCCUGCAGCUGUCAUUUGCCUCAUCUCAGCGGGACCUGUUUGAAGAUGGCUGGCUGGAAUUUGUGGUCCGUGUUUAUUGGUUGAAGGCUCGAUUCUUGGCACUGCAGGGAGACAUGGAGCAAGCCCUGGAGAACUAUGACAUCUGCACAGAGAUGCUCCAGAGCUCUACUGCCAUUCAGGCAGAGGCAGGGACUGAGCCCAGAGACAUCAUCAUCCGCCUGCCCAAUCUCCACAACGACUCUGUUGUUUCCUUGGAGGAGAUCGAUAAGAACUUGAAGUCACUGGAGCGGUGCCAGUCCCUGGAGGAGAUUCAGCGGCUCUAUGAGGCUGGUGACUACAAGGCAGUUGUGCAUCUGCUCCGCCCUACCCUCUGUACAGACGGGUUUGACCGAGCCAAACACCUAGAAUUUAUGACUUCCAUCCCUGAGAGGCCAGCUCAGCUGUUGCUGUUGCAAGAUUCCCUGCUUCGCCUGAAGGACCACCAUCAGUGUUUUGAAUGCUCUGAUGUGGCUUUACAUGAGGCAGUCCAGCAGAUGGUGAAUGCAAAUGAGGCUGCAGCCAAGGAUGAGUGGGUGGCCACAGUGACCCAGCUACUGCUGGGCAUCGAGCAGGCUCUCUCAACAGAUACCAGUGGCUCCAUCUUGAAGGAGUCAUCUUCUGCAACCAGCCUCAUCCGACUCACCAACAACCUCAUCCAGGUCAUUGACUGCAGCAUGGCUGUACAAGAGGAACCCAAGGAGCCACACGUUUCCUCCGUGCUGCCCUGGAUUAUCCUGCAUCGGAUCAUCUGGCAGGAAGAGGAUACCUUCCACUCCCUGUGCCACCAACAGCAACUUCAGAACCCAGCAGAUGAAGUGAUGGCCGAGACGCCUAUGCUUCCAUCCUCCCUCAUGCUGCUCAACACAGCUCAUGAGUACCUGGGCCGGAGGUCCUGGUGCUGCAACUCCGACGGGGUUCUGCUGCGUUUUUAUGUCAGGGUUCUCCAGAAGGAGCUGGCUGCAUCCACUUCUGAAGACACACACCCCUACAAGGAAGAACUGGAGACAGCUUUGGAACAGUGCUUCUACUGCCUGUAUAGCUUCCCCAGCAAGAAGAGCAAGGCCAGGUACCUGGAGGAGCACUCAGCCCAGCAGGUGGACCUUAUAUGGGAAGAUGCCCAGUUCAUGUUUGAUUAUUUUAAGCCCAAGACUCUUCCUGAAUUUGACAGCUACAAGACCAGCACCGUGUCUGCUGACUUGGCCAACCUCCUGAAGAGAAUAGCCACCAUUGUGCCCCGCACAGAAAAGCCAGCCCUGAGCCUAGAUAAAGUCUCUGCCUACAUUGAGGGGACUUCAGCAGAGGUGCCCAGCCUCCCAGAAGGGGCAGACUCUUCCCCUCCAGUGGUGAAUGAACUGUACUACCUCCUAGCUGAUUACCAUUUCAAAAACAAGGAGCAGUCCAAGGCCAUCAAGUUCUAUAUGCACGACAUCUGCGUCUGUCCAGAUAGGUUCGACUCUUGGGCAGGCAUGGCCUUGGCCCGAGCCAGCCGAAUUCAGGAUAAGCUGAACUCUAAUGAACUGAAAAGUGACGGGCCUAUCUGGAAACAUGCCACCCCUGUCCUGAACUGCUUCCGGCGAGCCCUGGAGAUCGACAGCUCUAACCUGUCCUUGUGGAUCGAGUAUGGUACCAUGUCCUACGCCUUGCAUUCAUUUGCCUCUCGCCAGCUGAAGCAGUGGAGAACAGAACUGCCCCCUGAGGUUGUGCAGCAGAUGGAGAGCCGCCGUGACAGCAUGUUAGAGACGGCCAGGCACUGCUUCACAUCGGCAGCCCACUGCGAGGGCGAUGGUGAUGAGGAGGAGUGGCUCAUUCACUACAUGCUGGGAAAAGUGGCUGAGAAGCAGCAGCAGCCACCUGCCGUCUACCUGCUACACUACCGACAGGCCAGCUACUACCUGCAUGAGGAGGCCGCCCGCUACCCCAAGAAGAUCCACUACCAUAACCCACCCGAGCUGGCCAUGGAGGCCCUGGAGGUGUACUUCCGGCUCCAUGCCUCCAUCCUGAAGCUCCUGGGGAAGCCCGAUUCUGGGGUUGGUGCAGAGGUCUUGGUCAACUUCAUGAAGGAGGCUGCAGAAGGACCCUUUGCCAGGGGUGAGGAGAAGAAUACACCCAAAGCUUCAGAAAAGGAGAAGGCCUGCCUGGUGGAUGAGGACUCCCACUCUUCAGCUGGGACACUGCCGGGCCCUGGAACCUCCCUCCCCUCCUCCUCUGGCCCAGGUCUGACAUCCCCACCUUACACAGCCACUCCGAUUGACCACGAUUACGUCAAAUGUAAAAAACCCCACCAGCAGGCGACGCCGGACGAACGCAGCCAGGACAGCACAGCUGUGGCACUUUCAGACUCCAGUUCGACACAGGACUUAUUUAAUGAGCCAGCCAGCUCCCUGGAGGGCUCCCGAAAGCCCAGUGCAGAAAAGAGGUUGCCUGUCCCCAGUUGCCAAGCAGCACUGCCUGGUAAAGACCUUCAAGGGCCCACAGAAGAAAGAGGGAAGUCUGAGGAGUCCUUGGAAAACGUAGACCAAGGCAGCCAGAAGCCUGCUGCAGACCCCUCAGCCUCUGCCUACAUCCCUGUCAAGACCCCAGCACCUGGCCUGGCCCCAUGGGAUGGGAGAAAGAGAGGGGAGCCCCCAGCAGAGCCAGCUGCCUUCCCCCAGGGCCUGCCAGCUGGUGCAGAGGAGCAGCGACAGUUCCUCACGGAGCAGUGUAUCUCCUCUUUCCGCUUAUGUCUCAGCCGCUUCCCACAGCACUACAAGAGUCUCUACCGCCUGGCCUUCCUUUACACCUACAGCAAGACCCACCGGAACCUCCAGUGGGCCCGAGAUGUGUUGCUAGGCAGCGGUAUCCCGUGGCAACAGCUGCAGCACAUGCCGGCACAGGGGCUCUUCUGCGAGAGGAACAAGACCAAUUUCUUCAACGGCAUCUGGCGGAUCCCCGUGGAUGAGAUUGACCGGCCAGGCAGCUUCGCCUGGCACAUGAACCGCUCCAUCGUGCUGCUGCUCAAGGUGCUGGCCCAGCUCCGGGACCACAACACCCUGCUGAAGGUAUCCUCCAUGCUGCAGCGGACCCCGGACCAGGGCAAGAAGUAUCUGCGGGAUGCUGACCGGCAGGUCCUGGCACAGCGUGCCUUCAUCCUUACUGUGAAGGUGCUGGAGGACACACUGAGUGAGCUCGCAGAGGGGACAGAACAGCCAGGACCCAGGAACUGUGGUAACCCUGGAGCCAGGAUGACCUCCGAUAUCCCUCACAAGGCCAGUCCUGAGGAUGGCCAGGAAGGACUCCCCCACCCCAAGAAGCCCCCUUUGGCUGAUGGCUCAGGGCCUGGGACAGAGUCAGGUGGCAAAGCGGGCCCACUCAACCACCGGCCCAUCACCAUGGACUCAGGAGAUAGCACAGACCAGAGUGGGGAGCAGAAGGACAAAGAGAGUCUCCGGGCAGCACCCACAGAGCCCAUGGACACGGGCGAGACAGCCCGCCACUUGGACUUGGAGCAGGCACCACCUUUGGCAUCAGGCCGCACCCCAAGGGACCGGGGUCCUGAGAGCCGGCCUACCGAGCUGUCCCUAGAGGAGCUGAGUAUCAGUGCCCGGCAGCAGCCCAGCAUGCUGACCACAGGCCAGCCCGCCCCCACCCCUGCCACCACGGCCACAGCGAGUGGCCACCCUGAGGAGACAGCUCCACGGCCCAGCCGCAAGAGGAAGCUCCUGGAAGACACAGAGUCGGGCAAGACGCUCCUGUUGGACGCCUACCGCGUGUGGCAGCAGGGCCAGAAGGGUGUGUCUUACGACCUGGGCCCCAUUGAGAGAAUCAUGGCUGAGACCUACAUGCUCAUAAAGCAGGUGGAUGAAGAGGCAGCGCUGGAACAGGCUGUGAAGUUCUGUCAGGUGCACCUUGGAGCUGCUGCUCAGAGACAGUCCUCCGGAGAUACACCUACCACCCCAAAGCAUGCCAAGGACAGCCGAGAGACCUUCUUCCCAGCGGUGGUAGCCUCCAUGGCCCCUGAUCCUACACCAGCAGACUCUCUUCAGCGAACCAGCGACACCCACAUCAAGCCUCGCCCUGCCCCUGCUGCCACCACAGCUGUUACCACCUGCCCUCCCUCAACAUCAGCUUCUGCCCCAGACACAUCCAAAGACCCUGGUCCUGCCCAGCCACCCACACCUGAAGACACCAGCAUGGCCUCUCUGGCGCCAGGAGGAGGAGAGCUGGCAGGAGGGGCAGAGGGCACUGGACCAGCCCAGAAACUUGGGCACAGCGGGCAGGUGAAGACAGCCCCUGAAAGUCCCCCAGCAGAGCUGCACUGUUGGCCAGCAGAGCCACCUCCCCUGGAAGGCGCUGAGCCCACUUCCAGCCAGGUCACCAGUGCGAAGGUCCCCAGCAGUGGGAGUGCCAAGCCAGCAGAGGUCCACACAGGCAAAGCAGAGCCCAGCCGCAACAAAUCUCGCCUCCUGCCCAACAUGCCCAAGCUGGUCAUACCCUCGGCUGCCACCAAGUUCCCCCCUGAGAUCACUGUCACUCCACCCACCCCGACCCUGCUGUCACCCAAAGGCAGCAUCUCGGAGGAAACCAAGCAGAAGCUGAAGUCAGCCAUCCUGUCUGCCCAGUCAGCUGCCAAUGUGAGGAAGGAGAGCCUGUGCCAGCCAGCCCUGGAGGUCCUGGAGACGUCGAGCCAGGAGUCCUCACUGGAGAGUGAGACAGACGAGGAUGAUGACUACAUGGACAUCUGAGGGCUUGGUUGGCCCGCUGGAUCCCUGCCUUCAUCUGGGCAGGCAAGGCUGAGCCUGUGGGGUGCUAGCCCAUCUGCCUCUGUGGGCCUGGAGCUGCCCCCACCUCUAGGGGCCCUGAGGAUGCAGGCCUCAGCCACAGCAGACAGUCAGGUCGCCAUGCACUGUAGGGCCAGCACCCUUUUUUUUAUGAAAUGUUGACUUUGUAAUGAGUCCAGUCCACCCCUGGACACCUAGACCUGCUGGGCUUCACCUGUGUCACCGUGGAGGUGUCAUUGAGGGUUGGGCUCAUCCCACAUUUUCUUUUUGUUUCUUUUCUAAUAAAGAUGAAACAGUU